UCGCGGGUCGCGGCUCGCUUAGUUUGGCUCCGACAUCCGAAGUGAAAAGUUGUGUUCUUCUCGGCGCGAUCGUUGUGACCGCGUGUUAAUUCUCGAACCAUAUACAUUACUUUCGCGUUGUAAGUUUUGAGUUAUGUGUGUGUUUUAGUGUUUGUGUGUACGGAUAACGUUUCUCGCAGGAUUAAAUAUGUGGUCCGGCAAGAAGACUGAAGGGGGCGCUGGCACACCCACUGAAGAGGAGAUUAAAGUUGUCCUAGUGGGUGACACACAGUGCGGAAAGACAUCACUCGUACAGCGGUUUGUGACUGACAAUUUUGUUGAGGCGUACACACCAACCGGCUUUGAAAAAUAUGGAUACACUUGCACAGUAGCUGACUAUAGAGUUAAUUUCUCUGUAUGGGAUACGUCAGGAACAGCGGCAUACGACACAGUGAGGCCGCUCGCUUAUCAAGACGCUAAAAUAUUUAUGUUAUGUUUCAACAUUGCUGAACCAGAGUCUCUAAAUAACGCCGCUGCAAAGUGGUACCGCGAAGUCCGCACACAUGGUGGAUCAGCUCCGGUGCUCCUCUGCGGCUGCAAGGCUGACCUGAGACACGACAAGGAGACUUUAACCAUGCUGUCCAAACUUAGAACGCAUCCGGUCACUAGCGAAGAGGCCUUAUCAGUUGCUAGACAGCUUGGUGCCACAACGUACGUGGAAACAUCAGCGAGAGCUUCCAGUAAGGGCGUGAAAGAUGCAUUCGAAGUAGCAGCACUAGCGGCUUUAGGAAAACUUAACAAACAACAAAUUAAACAACAGAAGCAAGUCGGACGCAGCAAAAGCAAACGGGACCUGAAGGCUGAACUAAAGGGGCGGGCGAAGAGUUGCUGUGUCAUGUGAUCCGUAGCCGGCCACCCUUCAAGGUGGCCGCACGACUGCUAGGCGACCACCGCCCUUCCAUCCUUCAGACGAAAUAUGAAAUUGAGCAAUUUGCCAAUCAUACACACAAGAAAAGAUUGUGGGCCUAACGUUAAGCCUUGUGGAACUCCUAACGUGAUGAGUGCUAAAUUUUUAUAAUGGGAAAUAGGCGUUUCUAGAUUAUUGGAACAGAGUUCGGUUAAUUUUUAAUAAUAAGCGAAGGUGCAAUGUCGAUAACCCCCAGGGUUAGAGCGUGAGACUGUGAUAUGCAAAUGACAUACGGUUCGAUAGAGGCAAGAUAAAUUAUACCAAAUACGGCCAAUUUUAAGUAUUUAAAUUAAGGUUUUAAUACAUAAUUAAAUAGUGAUUUGGUUGAAAGGACUGAUACAUUUGGUAUAAUUUAUGAAAUGGAAAGGAUACGCUCUACGCUCCCAAAAUUUGAUAAAAGCAUAAAUAUAACGUAUACUUAAUCUUAAAGAAAUUAUGUAGAGGAAUACGUGUUUUUCAUAUACAUAAAAAUCGAUGUUUUUCUAUAUUAAUGCAUUUAAGGUGUAAAUAUAAGAAUAAUGGUAAAACCAAUGCUCUGUUUAUUUUAGCCAGAGCAUAUAAUUUGUGUGAUAAAAAUACGUAAGUAUUUGAACGAAUAUGCACAAUUUUGGACAAUAUUUGUUGAAUUACGGAGGUCCAUUCGAUCGUUAGUUCCACGUCCAAUUUUGCUACUUUAGAUUAGAUUUUGUACAUUUAGUACAUGUGAAUUGAUGUUGCUUUUAGUAUCAUCAGUUUCAUGUGUAAUUGUUACAUGUUUUAGGUAUUGUAUUUAUUGCCUAGAGGCUCAAGAACAGCGUUGAAGUUAGCAACGUUAUCAAAAGCUUUUGUAAGAACUUUCUGUUGUGAAACAAUAAUUGUAUGACUUGUUUACGCGAGUAUAAUCAGAUUUUUUUAAUCAACUCCAUUUAAUUAUCACUGUUUUAGAUAUAAAAUGAAUUUACGAUUCUAAUCUGUAUUGGGUUUGUCAUACCCGAACAGAAACUAUUUUAAAACUGUUGAUAAUGAUACUUGUGUAUCACAUGACGUGUUUCGAAUAUUGCUACAAUCUCACGAAAAUAAAUCGAAUUUAAAAUUAUUACUUGAACCCUUUCUGACAAAUUUGUAACAAAUAAUGUUUAAUGUUUUUAGUUUAAAAGUUAAGUCAAUAAGCUUUAAAUUGAUUGUUAGCUUUAAUUACAGUACAUUAAAUUAUAUUACAUCCUAAAAAAACUUAUAUUUUCCUUAAACAUUUCGUACAAAAGAGUUUAUUUACGAAAAUAUUUAUUGUAUGAGACAUAUCGUAUAUUUAAGAUUUUUUUAAUUCCCGUAAAUGAUUUUUGUGAAAGUGUUGAUAAAUUAAUAAGACUUUAGUAAAUUCUGUUUUCUAUUUAUCAACACUUCGAACUUAGCACAAUGCAUGUUUUUGUAUUAAGCCGAUCGUUACUUGAUGUUGUUUCUAGAAUUUGAAAUAUAGAGUUCGAUGUUUUUGUA